UCUACCAUGUUCUACGAUCUUGUGCCCUUUGCCUUCCUUCAUCUGAUCAGUAGUCUACAAUCUCCUCCCCUUUGACAUCCUUCAUCCGAUCAGUUUUCUACUGGUUUUGUUUCCUUUUUCGGUGUGUUCAAUUUUCUGCAGGUUUCUACUUUUAAUUUGGCGUGUUCUUUUUGUGAUUUCUAUGAAAGAACAAGUUUGGAUGGAAAAAGCUUUGAUCAAUUCCAAGAAAUAUUUGAAUUGGGAAAAAAAAUCACUUCUUUGUUCUGCUAUUGCUUUAUCUCUGUUUGAUGGGCUUUCUUACUCCCUUUGCUUAGCUACUCAUUUCUUUAUCCCUUUCAUUAUCGUGCUAUUUUCUCCCUAAAAAUUAGUGUAAUCAAGUUAGAUCUCUAUGAAACCAGCCGGCUACUUUCAAGCUUGAUUUUUGUUCUAUUCAAGGCUGCAUCUUCCUCCAACUUUUUGGGUUGCGCCUGUCAAUUACUAAUGCUUUUGUUAUAUCGGUUUCACGUAAGAGUAAUGCUUGGAAAACAUUUCAGCAGAUCACAUGUGGGCGUAUCAAGUCCAUUUUCAAGACUUAUAGCUUCCUUCAAGGGAGGUGUUUCCUUUGAUAAUGUCAACACUCUAGAGUAGAAAUACUCUUAGUUGUGAACAAUAUGCACCUUAGUUGCUCUUCCUCAAUGUAGCUUCGAGCUUACUCUCUUAGUCAUCUGCUAGAAUUUGUUACAACAAGAAGCUCCGAUUUGGUUGACGAUGCUGUGAUUGGCCGGUGUUCUUGCUGGGUAUUCUAACGUAUAGGUAUACGAAAUUCGGUGGUCCAGUUCCUAGCAGACCAGCAGAAGAUGUAGCAUUUUCAGUUGCAAGGUUUAUUUAGAACAAUGUUUCAUUCUUCAAGUACUACAUGUACCAUGGGGGAACAAAUUUUGGUCGGACAAGUUCAGCACUUUUCAUUGCCACUAGCUACGAUUACGAUGCUCCACUAGAUGAAUAUGGGCUGUUAAAUGAACCAAAGUAUGGGCACUUGAGAGAUCUACAUAAAGCUAUCAAGCUAUCUGAACCAGCAUUGGUUUCAUCAUAUCCAACAGUGAAUUGGCUGGGAAAGAAUCAAGGGGUCAUUCUAAUGCUCAUGUAUUUAGAUCAAAAUCCGGGGAUUGGUGCUGCAUUCCUGUCAAACUAUGACACUAAAUAUUCAGUUCAAGUCAUCUUUCAGAAUAUCCAAUAUGACCUUCCUCCCUGGUCCAUCAGCAUUCUUCCCGAUUGCAAAACUGUUGUUUUUCUAUCCACAAUUGAUUUACUUCCUGAAAAAUCUUCUAAUGAACUAAGGUGGCAGAAAGCACAACUUACACAGGCAAAGAAGAAUCUGAGAUGCGUUUUUGAAGUCAUGAUGAUGAUGAGAAUGGUAGUGAGCAGGUUGUCUAUCAGUACUAGAAAAGACACGUUAAAGGCACUUGAUGCAGUGGAAAAUAUUGUACCAGAUUUUGUUGUCAUGAAAGAGCUUCAUCCGGCAACAACUUACUUUUGUUAUCAACCACAAUUGCUGAAUUUGUUAUCAGUUACCAAAAUUCAAAUUCCAUGCCACUGUAACAUAUCUCAUACAUAUGUUGGUCCACCUAUAAUUCACUAUUUCUGUCUUUCUAGUAAGCUCACUGUAUAACUUUGUUCCCCAAACGAAUAUAAUAUACUACGAAGCAUAAUAUGUUAAUAUUUA